AUGUUACGAAAUAAACCCAUACUUAUAAAAGUGUCAUUCUCUUGUUAUCGAAAUAACAUAUUCACAAGUGCAAAUAUUACUUCUAGACAUUUUCACCAAACAACUAGUGCCUUAGAGAAAAACAUAAAAGUUGAUUCAACAGUAUUAGCUAAAAAUUUUCAGAAUGCAGAUGAAUUUAAUAAACUUAGCGUUUAUUAUUCAAGUCUAAGGAAGACAAUCGAUUCAGUCCCAGAAGAAGUUGCUCAAAAAUCUCCAAGUUUGGUGGCUCUACAUCAUAGAUUAAGUCUUCCCAAGGAGUUCAAAUAUGCUACGUUAAGCCAAUGCUUAUCAUGCCCAUCUUCUAAAUUACCUAGUGAGAUCAAGAACGAUCCAAAAUUGGGGGUGUCAUUUACCAAGACAGUUCUCGCACCUAAAACUAGUGACAACCAUGGAUUAAAUAUUUUUGGUAAAAAUCUUCUGACCUAUCAUAUUACAUAUAAACUAUUACGCAGGUAUCCUAGAUUACCAACUGUUAUUCUGAAUGCUGCGAUAGAUGCUUAUAUUUCGAGUGAAUCAUUAGCCAGUGUUGGUAAAUCAUGGGGUAUUGAAGUAGAGAAUACAUCCGUUGUUGAAAGAUACCUUAAAAAUGAACCUGUAGAAAUAACCAUAGGGAAAUUGAGAUAUUUUAACAAUAGUAUGGAUAAUGCGGAAGGUAUCCGUGUUUUAUUGAACAAUAAUUUUUCAGAGACUAAUGCAUACGCCUUAGCAGUUAGAAGUAUCAUUGCUGGUAUUUGGGCUAGUACAGGAGGUGAAAAUAGUAAAGAUGUAUUCAAAUUCAUUGAUGAUCAUAUAUUGAGUAGAAAACUCGAUGUUUCUAAGUUAUUCCAAUUUGAACAACCUACUAGAGAACUUUCCAUGCUCUGUAAAAGAGAAAAUUUACAGAGACCGGUAUCUAAAUUAUUAGCUGAAUCAGGUAGAAAUUCUAAGAAUCCUGUUUUCAUUAUAGGUGUAUUUAGCGGUGACGAGAAACUUGGUGAGGGAUUUGGUUCAUCACUAAAGGAGGGUAAAGCUCGUGCAGCAACUGAUGCAUUACUAAAGUGGUAUUGUUAUGAAAGCUUACCAGGUUAUGAAAAUAUCGCUUUAGACAAAGGUACUAUUAUAGUUUAA